AUGAGUUCAUCAUCAGCAACAAACUCUUCUCUAUCAUCGUUUUCUGAUGAAUGUGAAACAUCUUUACCAGAACCACCGCCGCCACCACCACCGCCGCUGCCGCCACCUCCAAUCUCAUCAAUAAAUAUAAAAAUCAACGAAUGUGUUGGCGGAAAGAAACUUGUACAUAAAAUUGAACCUAUAUUUAAUAAUGAUACGACUAAAAUGCGUGUCUUUCUUGAGGAUGGAUCUCUUACGGAAUAUUCAAUUGGAGAUAUAACAACAGCGGAAGAAUUAGUAGAAGAAGUAGCUUUUCGUCAUAGUCUUGGUUCGGAUAUUCGUCGAUAUCGAUUAACAUUAAAUGAAGCACGUGAUCCUUCUUGGCGAUCAAUUCGAUAUAUUCGACCUCAACAAAAAUUAAAAGAAGUAUCACAAUGGUCAUGUACAACUGAAACAACAAUUUGUACAUUACGUGUUGUUAUUGUUCCUUAUCAAGCUGAAAUAUUAGCUGAUAAAGAACCAAUUACAUUUACUUAUUUAUAUAGACAAAGUAUCAAUGAUUAUAUUCGAGAACGUGCUGGAAGUGAAAUAAGCGUAGAUACUGCUGUACAAUUAACAGCACUUCUUAUUCUUGAUGAAUCCUUAUGUACUGGUGUUCGAGCAAAUACUCUUGUCAAACUAAAAGAUAGACGAUCAUGGUUAUUGAGACAAUUAUUACCACGUUCAUUACUUGAUCAAUUUUCUUUAAAACAAUUAAUUAAUCGUGUACGAGCACAUCUUCAUAAUAAUAAUAAUAAUAAUGAUAUAACUCAAUUGAAUGUUGCUAAACAAUUUAUACGUAUAUUUUCGGAAAAUACUCGAUCAUUUGGUGGAAAAUUAUUUCCUGUUAAAUUUCCGGAUAAACAUCGAGAUUCAAUUUUACUUGUUGGAGCUCGACAUACAAUAGCUAUUCUUGAUCAAGCAAGACGAAUUAAUUCACCUGUUAUAACACUUGUCUCUGCUUGGUCUCAUUUAUCUCGUGUUAUUGUUAAACAAUAUCGAAAUGGUGUAGCUAUUCGUUUAUUAACAACACCUCGAAAAACAACAGCCGAUGAUUCAUCUAUUCUUCAACAAGAAAUAGCUUUUUUAAUUCAUACAAAUUUACUUAAUGAUUUUAUGGCAUUUAUUGAAGGUUAUUCACAAUUAGAAUCAUCAAAUUUUCCAUUAUCUAUUGAACGUAUAUCACAUAAAAGUAAAUCACCAUCAUCUAGUACAAAUAAAUCGAAAUUAACAAAUUCACCAAAUGAAUAUCAAAGUGAAUUAUCACGUCGAUCACCAUUUCUACAACAAAUAUUAAGUAAUAGAAAAAAUCAUCGUACAUAUACAUUAACACGAGAAAAACAUAUUUCACCACCAGCUAGUCCAUCAUUAUUUGAAUUAACACGACAAUUUUUUACACGAAAUCCUACAAAAACUAUUGAUAUUGAUGAACGUGAAACUAUUUCAAAUAUACCAAAUCGUACAACACUUGUUACAUGGCGUUCAAUAGCUGAUAAUCAAACAUCAUCAACAACAACAACAACGCCACCACCUCCACCUGUUCUCUAUCGAACUGUUAUUAAUGUUAAACAUGCAGGUUCAUUUAUACAUUUUCUUUCUCUUUCAUUUCAUAUUAUAUUUAAAGAACAAAUGACAUCUAUUAGUGAUGAUGAUGAUGGUGAACCUGAUGUAAUCGAUUUAACAACAUCGUAUGGUUACUAUGGAAGUCUUAGUUUUCCUAUUCGACCACCAUCACCAUUUGCUGAUGGUCUUAUUUGGUCAGAAAUGGCAAAUCAAUGUAAUAAUGAAGAUGAAGACACUGAUGGUAUUGUUGUAUGGUCACCAUCAACAAAACAAUUAACUGUUCAUUAUAAUAAAAAUAAUAAUAAUAAUAAUAAUAAUAAUAAUAAUAAUAACAAUAUAAAUUCUCAUUCACCUAUAUCAUCACGUACAGAUAGUACAUGGAAACGAACAUUAAACAGAAUUCUUAAACGAACAAAAGAAGAAAAAGACAUUCCACAAAUAAUAACAUAUCCAUAUGAUUUUGGUAAUGGAGAAGAUUUAAUAACAACACAUCAUAAUAGUAAACAUGUUCAUUGGAUUGAUAAUAAUGAAGCUAUACUAAAUUCAUGUCGUCAUUUUGUUGAACAUUUAAAAAUAUUUGUACAAAAUGUUAUUAAUGAUAAAAAUGACGAAAUUUAUUUAAAAAAUUGUCAAAUAAUUUUAAAUGAACUUAAUUCAUUAAUUGAUUGUUCAGAAUUAAAACAAGCAUUUGAAUAUACAAUUGAAUUAGCAAAUAAACAUGAAAAAAAUCAAUUACUUCAACAACAAACAUUUAUUGCACAUUUAAUCUCUCGUGCUCUUCUUUCUUCUUGA